AUGCCGCCACGAAUGCAAGCCUACGGGGCUGCCCCAAAUAGUAUGGCAUCUCAUUAUCAACAAUAUCCGCCUCAUACACAACCACAUACUGCGGGACUUCCUCCACCUGGCUCGAUCGGAAAUCAAUUUAUGAGUGCGAACUCCAUGAGCAAUGCAUUCGCAAAUGGAGCUAGUAUGGGUAUACCAGGAGGAUUUUCUGCACCUGGUAUCCCAUUGCAAGGCGGUGGAUUAGCAAGUCAAGCGGCACAAAUGAGCUUCGCUGCAGCACCGUUGCAACAACAAGGGCACAACGGGAUGGCAGAUUCAGGGACGCGGGGUAUACGUGAUAAGGGUAGAAUACGAGAUGUUUGGAAGGGGAAUUUACAUGAGGAGAUGGCAAUUCUGCGGCAACUAGUGGACAAAUACCCUUAUAUUUCUAUGGACGCGAAAUUUCCUGGAAUCGUUGCUCGACCUAUGGGAUCAUUCAAUGGCAAAGGAGAUUAUCACUAUCAAUGCUUACGAUGCAACGUAGAUUUACUGAAACUUAUACAACUGGGCAUAACAUUAUAUUCGGAGGAUGGAGAAUCAUUACCUGCGACUCCUCCCUCGGACUCGGGACUAGAUCGGAACUCAGCAGGACGAAGAAUUGGCAACGGCAUGGGACAGAUACCUUGUACAUGGCAGUUCAACUUUAAAUUCUCUCUAUCGGAUGAUAUGUAUGCAGAAAAGGGCAUUGACGAAAGGAAGAUUGCCGGUACGGAUUUCAACAGAUUAAAGGAAGAAGGCAUCGAUCCAUUUGAGUUUGGUGCGGUAUUGAUUAGUUCCGGACUUGUAUGUGAUGAGGAGAAACGUUGGAUCUCAGGGCACGCCGGCUACGAUUUUGGAUAUCUUACAAAGAUUCUACUUCAAAGACCCUUACCGGAUGACGAAAGAGAAUUCGAUAUGCUCAUGAAAAAGUUCUUUCCAAGUGUAUAUGAUAUCAAAUAUCUCAUGCAACAAGGAACAAUUAUGAACAAAUUGGGCCAGCUUUCUCAUGUCGACGCUGUCACCGCAGAGCUCCUUCAACGCACCGAGCGACAUCCCAACAUUGAAACUAUGAUCGACGUCCUCAAAGUUAAACGCGUAGGUGCUGCUCAUCAAGCUGGUUCCGAUUCCCUCGUCAACGGCCGGGUCUUUUUCAAGCUCCGCGAACGUCUAUUCGACGGCGAGAUUGGAGACGAACAUUUAGGCCGUGUCUUCGGUAUCAAUCUCCAAGAAGCUAAUACAGUCGCUACCCAACAAACCACCCCGCAACAUUACAAUCAAUACCAAGAAAAUACUACUCCGAAUCAAAAUGGUUCAGGAUCGUCGUUUGCAAAUGGCGCACCUAGUACUCCGAAUAAUGGAAAUGCCAACCUAGCAACUACACCUGCGCAUAAUAAUAAUGGAGGAAAUGGUUUAGGUCCGCUAACGCCAAGUAAUGGUGGAGGUGCAUUCGGACAUUUCCAAUACGCAAAUAAGCAGUAA